AUGGCAUCCAAGGGGACAAACAAUGGAACCGCAAGGAAUGAGAAUAAGACAGAGGCCGGAGGAUUUCUGAUUCCUGAAAUCCCUGAUAGUGGAUUCCAGGGCCCAGCAGUGAUGAUCCAGGAGCCCGGUGGCCCACUGAGUGGGAUGAGCUUCAGACAGUUCCUAGAUCUGGUGUCAUUGCCCGGCAUCGAGAGGCGCGUCCUGCUGCAGAAUCUCCUGCCUGACACUCGUUACAGUGUGCUGGUGACUGCUGAGUACCGCAAUAGAGAGGGUGGCAGCGCCUCAGCCCAGGGGAAGACCACCAGUCUACGAGUGAGCAGCGUGAGUGUGGUGCGGUCUGACCACUCCAGUAUAUGUGUGUCCUGGAGGCCCGUGCCAGCGGUCAGUGGCUAUCGCAUAGUCAUCCAGGCCCUCAGAGAUAAACAGACUAAAGAGGAAAUAGUAGAUGCUGCUAGCAGCAGUCACUGUUUCUCUGAGCUGCAGCCGGAAACGGUCUACCGCAUCAGUGUGCACUCCCGUGUGGGAACAGUAGAGGGCGCUGCGGUCACGAUCCUUCACCCUACUGCAACUGCUCCAGUGAGAAUUCAGGUUCCUCCUCGGCUGCAUCCCAUACAAAGAGAAGUGUGUCCUGAGACGACGGUCAGAAAUCAUGUGGUUAAAGGCUUCGACAUGAUGGAAGCGUUCGGUCUUACUCAGAGAGCACACUCUACCAUUGAAGGUGUGGCAGCUGAACCUUUCAUCUUCAGCACCUUACCCAGUUACACCCUCUACAGAGACGUACAGCUGACCCAGAGCACAGGCUUCAUUCAUCCGGCUGGCUUCUCUCCAGAACACACCAUCAGCAUAGCCUUCAGGCUCUUGCAGGAUUCACCCAGGGAGCCCUUCGCCCUCUGGCAGCUCACGGACAAUGACUUCCAGCCCAAGAUGGGGGUGGUGCUGGACCCUGAGAAGAAGGUUCUGCUGUAUUUCAGUCUGGACUACAGAGGAGAGAUACAGGAACUGACCUUCGACCAGCCACAAGUCCACUCAGUUUUCUACGGAAGCUUUCAUAAGAUCCAUUUUUCGGUCAGUCAGGUGAGUGUAUCUCUGUCUGUAGACUGCCAGCGGGUUGGCGAGAGGCCCGCACGCCCCCUGGGAACUUUGCCCACUGAUGGUUUUGAGAUGUUGGGCAAACUAGUGAGGACACGUGGACCUAACAGUGGAUCUGCGGCGUUCCAGCUGCAGUCCUUUGAGAUUGUGUGCAACACUACUUGGGCAUCAGAAGACAACUGCUGUGAUCUGCCCUCACAGAGAGACGAGGAGAGCUGUCCUGCCCCUGCUUAUGCAUGCACCUGCACCACCGACGUCCCUGGAGCACCUGGAGACACAGGGCCACCUGGGAGACCUGGCCCUCGUGGGGAGAAGGGAGACAAAGGAGAGGUGGGACAAAAGGGAGAGGUGGGCCCACCUGGUAAACCGGGCCCUGAGGGCGGCUUUGGCACGCUUGGAGCUGCUGGUCCACGGGGAAUAACUGUAAUGGGCAAAGUGGGCCCACCAGGAGCAAGAGGGGAAAAAGGAGACAUUGGAAGGCCUGGGAGCCAGGGUUUACCAGGGCCCCCUGGUCAAAAAGGUGAAGAGGGCAUGCCUGGUCCUAAGGGCACCAGAGGAGUGGAGGGUAACAUCGGUAGCCCAGGAAUCACAGGCCCAAGAGGCUUCCAGGGUUUGCCUGGUCAUCCAGGGCCAAUGGGAGAGAGAGGGCCAUUAGGUCCCCUAGGGCCCACCGGUCUUCCUGGAAGUAAGGGUGAGAGAGGCGAGAAGGGUGAGCCACAGUCUCUUGCCAUGAUCUACCAACUUGUUACACAGGCCUGCGAAAAACUUGUGCACAAUGAAGUGUUGAAGUUGGAUGCUUUUCUAAAUGAGAUGAAUCGAAAGCCAGUGCCCAUCCAGGAACCAGUAGCACCACCAGGAGAGCCUGGGAUACCAGGGGGAAGGGGGCCACCUGGAGCCCGAGGCCCUCAGGGUCGACAAGGAAGCAGAGGAGAGUCUGGGAAACCAGGGUACCCUGGUGAGCAGGGACGCAGAGGGAUGCAUGGUGAGAAGGGCUCUCCAGGAGCAAAUGCGGUGGGACCACAAGGAAUAAAAGGAUUUGCAGGACCUCCGGGUGAAGCUAAAAUAGGGGAACCAGGUCCCAAAGGUGAGGCUGGUAAUGUAGGACCACCGGGUAUUCCAGGAGCUCCAGGUCAGCAAGGAGAAAUGGGUCCCCCUGGUGUAUGCGACAGCAGUGGAUGUUAUCAAGGACCCCCGGCUGCAGAGGAUCCAUUCCCUGGAUACCAGCCUUGAGUUACUGAGAAGUAGCUGUUUUACUUCAGCACUGCCAGAAUCAUCUCUCUCCCCAGACUUUGUAGAAAGACACUGUGUGACUUAGUGGAUAAAGAGAUUCUGCCAGACGUUGACUUCGAAUGAGCCAGUCGAUGGACUCUUUUGACUUUAUUUUCUCCAUGUGGAAGCUGAUCUUAUCUCAGUACUCCCAUUCUGAAAUCACCAAAGCACUGAUCAUCCUUGACCCUGUCUUCCACCCAGUAUUCAUCCUGAUCUACUGCUUGGAGACUACAGUAGAUGCAUGUGCAGAAC